AUGCCUACCUAUGCGCUUCUAGGAGCGACCGGCGCGACAGGCUCAUCCGUCUUACGAUGUCUGCUCGCAGCACCACCUCCAGACCUCGAACUUAACAUCCUCGUUCGCUCGAAAUCCAAACUCCUCAAGCCAUUCCCAUCCCUUGCCAACAGGACCGACUUCGCCAUUCGCAUCGUUGAGGGUGCCUCAACCAACACCGCCGCGCUCCAACAAUGCCUCGAAGACGCCGACGUAGCAUUCAUGUGUGUGGCCGAUAAUGCCUCGUCAAAAGGCGUCUCCAUCACCUACGACACCGCCUCUGCCAUGAUCACAACCCUGACGAUGCUGCGCAAACUGCAAGCCAGCGAUUACUCUCCACCCACCAUCCUCCAGCUCCGCAGCGCCUCCCUCAACCCUAAGCUCUCCUGCCAGGUCCCACGCUUCGUGUACAACAUGGUCUCCUUCUGUCUACACUACAACCACCUCGACGUCGUCAGAGCCUGCGAGCUCUACGACGCUGCCGCGGACGACAACUUACUGGAGUACAUCUACGUCGACCCGCCCACCAUCCACGAUGCCUUUGGCACAAACCGCACAGGCCACAAACUCAUCCCCUGCAACGUCCCCGUCUGCGCCAAACAAGAGACUGCCCUAAGCUACGCCGACCUCGGCGCAAGCUUCGUCGAGAUCGCAGAAAGACGACAUGAAUUCGCGAACCAACCUGUUGGCGUGACAGCCACGGGCAAGGUCAAGGAGACGUGGGGAGUUCUAGCCGGAUAUCUCUUCGACGGUGCGAGGGGUAGGGUCAAUGCGUGGAUGGAGGAGCGGAGGACGAAGGCGUGGAUGAGUGACAAGAAAGCAAUCAAGACUGCGAACUUGUUUCUUUACUGUGGCAUGUGA